AUAGGCGGGAAGGCGGACAGCUGGACGGAAGGAAGGAAGGAAGGAAGGAAGGAAGAGCUAGGAUGCUGGAGGAGGGACAGAGGGUUAGGUGGAGGGCUAGUAGGUCUGGUGGAGGGAAGGAGGGAGGGAGGGAAGUGGGCAGGGCGGGAGGAGGGCUGGGUACGGUCAGUGAGCCUGGCCGUGAAGCUGCCUUCGUCACCCCUUGGUAUGCGAGUGUCCUCUCCCUGACUCCUGGCUCCCUGGCUCCCUCCCUCACCCUCCCUCACCUCUCACCUCUCACCUCAUGCUCCUCCUCGUCAUGUUUCCGGCGCCGCACCUUCUGCGUGAUCUGUCCUCGCCCGCCGUGGCCUGCUCCUUCCUGCCUCGCCCCCCGGCCCUUUGUGGCCACGUCCAGCCUCCCCGAGAAUGAUAGGGUGAGCGCCGAGGCUCCUGCUCCUGCCCCUGCUGCUGCUGCUGCUGCGCCCCGCUCAAGACUUCGCCUCAUUUCAUAGCCUUCCUCCACUCCACCUUUCCUCCCUCCCCUCCCCGCCCACCUGCAGGACGCCCCGGAACGCUGCCGCUCGGGGGCGAGGCGGGAGGGCGAGGAAAGACGGUGUUUUAAUCCCUUUUAAAAUGGGGGUACUCGGCAACCAUACCCGCGGCCCGUAGAUUUCCAGAUGGCAUCGUUGUGCUGGCGGGAGCGGGCAGGGGGAGGGGCAGGGGCAGGCAGCCGAGGAGUAGCGAAGAGUCAGUGUGGCUCCGACAGGGAAUAGGUCGAGGCGUGCGUGUGUGUAGCUCCUCUUGCCCUCACUGACCACUGCCGCCCUCGCACAUUCGCUCCUCCCGCACUUAACCCAGAAACCCGAGGCUGCCAAGGUCCGUGCGGCGCUUCGGCUUGCUGUGGACGCGCCCUACGCCCCUUAGGUCAAGACGAGUGACAGUGUGACCCUCGGAAAGGCGUUGCGUACGUGUGAGGGCGUGUGUUCGCGGCCUGAUAACGCUGUGUAGUAGUGCGUGCGGGCGGCCCGUCAGCCAGCCAGCCAGCAAGCCUCGGGAAUUUCGAGGCGCGCGGAGAUAGUGAUCCUUGCUCGCCCUCUCUCCCGCGGCCUCUCCGGGCUGUUGCGGGGAGGCGUGUUAUCCUUCCCUGCCACUGACGCUUCUUUCUGCCCCAGUACGAACCCCCCUCCCCACCUCCUCCUGCCUCUCCCCUCCUUGCCUCCUAGCCCUGCUCCUGCCCCCACCUCCUUCUCUUCCACCUCCUCCUCCGCGAACGCCACUGCCAAGCUUGGAUUAGUGAAUUUUGUGACUACUUACCGCGCUGCUACUGCCGCCACUGCUACUACCGCUGUUUAGUGUUACGAACAUUACUACAGCUACUGCCUGGAUAUUACAAAAGCAUUAAUGGAGAACGACCGUGAACGAGGCGGAGCUGUCCCUGCAGGGCGAUGACUUCACGCGGCAGAUCUGGCACAUGUACGCCACCUUCGAGGAGUUCAUAGACCACCAGCAGACCUCUGGAGAAGGCAGCCCCGCCUCCCGCCCCUCCUCGGGGGCCAACUCGGGGACGGAGGCGCCGCCGCCCCCUGCGCCGCCUGGGGGCCUGGGCGCCACCAGCCCGCGGGAUGUAUUGAGCGGCUACGACGUACAGAUUUCUGCCUCCUCCAACCUCGCCGCCUCCCUCACCUCCAGCGCCCCCGCCAGAUCCCACAUGGCCGAGGUGGCGCUGCCCCCGGGCGCGCUGCCCGCCCCCCACGACACCCGCGCCCCCCGUCCCCACUCACCUCCCGGGGUGCGUGAUGACCUGGCGCUGGCCUCGCCCCGGCGCCGCCGCCGCCCCCGGAGGCUGCGUCGCUCGGUGGACAACCCGCUGCUGGACACCAUAAGUGCCAUCGGUGACCCCGAUAGCGACGAGGCCGACCUGUUGCCGCCCGCGCCGCCCCCCUCGGCGUCCUCGUGCUGGGGGCCGCGGCUGCACCCUGACGCCGACGUGGUGGGCUACGCGGGCAGCAACAGCGUGGACAGCGGCUACAAGAGCGCCUGCCCGACGCCCGAGCUGCCUGACCCCGCCGCCUAUCUAGAGCACCGCCUCGAGAAGCGCGGCUCCCUCGCCUCCCUCGCGUCCACCGGCUCCUCCUCCGGCAGCGGCAGCGCUUCCAAGCCUCGCAUUGCCAUGGGCACCCGAGUCAUGACCCGCGUCCCCCGCUCCCCUAGCUCCGGGGGCAGCGCCCCUUCCCCCGCCCUCCCUCGCAGGCCAGGCUCAGAUGGAUCCUACUACGAGCUUGACCAGCUGGCGGGGCUGCGGGGUGGCCUGCUCGGCUCUCCACCGCCCCACGCUACCCCCGCCGAGGUCAGGAACCCAGGCUUCACCCGCUACUCGCCCCGGGGCUCCCCCGCCCCGCAGCGCAAUUCCUCCCCUGGUAUGCAGCCUUCCAGGGACACCCACGUGUCACGCCGCGCAGCCUCCCCCGCCUCCCCCGAGCGACGGCCCCGCAGCGCCUCAACGGGCUCCCGCUGCUCCCCUGGCACCCGCGGCCGCCGGCCCCCGGGGGCGCUGCGGGCUGGCUCUCCGUUAUUGGCGUCCACGGGGUCCCUGCCACGGGCGUCCUCCCCGGGAAGGCGGUCCAGGGCGCGCUCCCCUUCCACCAGAGAGGAGUCACGCCCCCCCACUUCCUGGUCACGCCACUCCUCCCCCGGGGUGGCACCUCCUCCCCGCUCUCUGCGUCGGCCGCCCUCCCCCAUCGUUGGCGGCCACCACGACACAGACCUGGCGCUGCUGGAGCGGGAGAUCGACGCCCUGCUCUACGGCGACCCACUGGGGCCGCCCGCCGCUUCAGACUACUACGACCUCGACUCGGAGUUUGCGGCGUGCACCUGCCCCUCCGCCUUCACCAGGCCCGCCCCCCCAGCAGGGAGGACGGGGCUUCAGAUGGGCUGCUGCUCGGUCAGUGACGAGGUGGGUGGGAGCGGCGCGCCCCCAUGCCCCCCCGCCUGCCCCUCGGGCAUGGCGCCGUGUCUCCUGGCCGUCCUCCACGACCUCCACGGCCCGUCGUCCGCCGCCGCGCCCCCACCACCGUCACGACCCGACGACCGCAGCCACUCCAGCGACGCGCCUGACGCGCCUCGGAGCCUCGCCGCUCCGCGCCUUCCUCUCCACCCCGCCCGCCGCCUCCUCCUGCCGCCCUGCGACGCCGUGCGGGCCUGGCGGCACCUGCAUCUCCACGGCGUCGCCUCCUGCACCUCCGACCCGCGGCGGCACAGCCUCCACGAGACCUUCCCCGCCGCCGCGCCCUCAGACCCCAGGCGACAUAGCCUCCACGACGCCGCCGCCGCCGCCGCCUCGCUCUGCCCGCACCACUUCUUCCUGCGGGACGCGCCCUUCUUCAUGGACCGGCGGCGGCACAGCUGCCAGCACGACGACGCGGCGUCCGAGUCCUCCUACGACAGCGCUGCCGACUACCACUUGUACGAAGAGAUCGUGUACGACGCGGCCUCUUCCCCUCGCGCCCCCCAGCCCCUGCCGCCGCCCCUCCCUGCCAGGCCGCCGCACCUCUUCAGGUGUACCGGCGCUGGGCAACCCACGCAGGAGUCACUGCAGAUGUCGCGGCAGCAUCUCUCCAAAGUCCAGCAGCCUCCGCCCUGCCCGCGCCGCCCGCCGCCUGAAGUACAAACUCCCCCACAGAAGCGGCAGCUCAGGCCGGCGGGACUGCCGGGACCAUCGGAGGCGCCGCCACUGGACACACAGGAGCCGCAGACGCCGCCCCCACCACCCCCACCCCCACCACCUCCUCCCCAGGGUGGGCCCAAGCCCUCCCCGCCGCCCAAACCCCCGAAGCCACUGAUGACAGGACACUCCCCAGUGUCGCGUCCGCUGCCGCCUCCGCCUUCUGCGUCCUCCUCACCCACAGCCGCUGCCACGGGCACUGCCGCUCCCACGCUGCCUCAGCCUGGCCAGCAUCAGCAGCACCAGCAGCAGCACCAACAAGAACAACAACAGCAGCACCAGCUGCAGCCGGACAGUCCUGAGGACCGGACGCCCAUGAAGCCGCCAACCAACAAGCCAAAGCAGCGCAGCAACCUGUACUCCAUCUUCCGGGACCGUGACCACCGCCGCUGCCUGUCCGCCUCGCUGCAGCAGGAGUACCAAGGCGACGCCCACCACGAGUACCUGUGCGAGGUCCCGCCCCACCACCACCACCACCUCCACCACCACCACCACCUCCUCUACCACCAGCACCCCCACCACCACCACUUAAGCCACAAUUCCCACCCCCACCAGCACCACCAGCAACCACAACAGCAACAUCAGCAAAAGCAACAGCAACCGGUGGUAAAAGUGGCGGCAGCGUUGUCCCCGGCACCCAGCGGCCCCAGCUGCUGCGCCUCGGCGGCCGGCACAGCGGACGACGACUACGGGUUCAAGGUGGCGCCGCACGUGGUGUGAGGCGGACCAAAGACAGGCGCGGCGAGGGGCCGGGCGCGGCGGGCCAGGACUUGCCUGCACCAGCUGAAUCACUGCCGGGGAAGGCGCAGAGGGUGGGGAGGGGCGCACCGCUCCCCCUCUGCUUCCCCCACCACGGUGCUCCCGCCGCCCUGCGCUGGGCAAGAAGAGUGCCGCCGCCCCGGCACAGCCACCCUCUCGUCUGAAGCAGUGAUGAACAGAGCUCGCCGUGUGUGUGUGUGUGUGUGUGUGUGUGUGUGUGUGUGUGUGUGUGUGGGCGUGUGUGUGUGUGUGUGUGUGUGUGUGUGUGUGUGGGCGUGUGUGUGUGUGUCGCUGGACAGCCACACACACCGCCGCAGCGCCAGUGGCCACAACUCGUCAUCGUCGGCGCGGCGGUGCCCGCGUCGCCGCCUCGUUAUGCAAGACCCGCGUGUCGCCCUCGCCGCACGCUCUCUGCUCCUCGGCUGCGCACCCACAUAUCGACGUGUGCGAGUGUGCGUGUGUGUGCGUGUGCGCGGCCGCUGCGCGCUGACCACCUCUCUCGCCCACACUGGAGGGGCAACUCGGACCAAAGUUCAGGUUUUUUACUCAGGUUCUCCAAAACAAAGCCCAACGACGCCGGGCGAGCUUCUGUAAAUACUAAUGUUACUCGUGACGCUGGAAACUUUGGCCUGAGCCCCCGAGUGCCCCUGGACCGCCCCCCCGUGGCCCCCGACCCGCGAGAGAGAGAGAGAGAGAGAGAGAGAGAGAGAAGAGGAGGGCAGCAAGCUUCAGUCAGCGGCCAUUGUACAUGUAUUGUCAGAUUGAACUUUUCCCAGCACUGGGCGAGCCUUCAUUAGACUACGAAGAAGAAGAAGAAGAAGAAGAAGAAGAAGAAGAAGAAGAAGAAGAAGAAGAAGAAGAAGAAGACAUCAACAACACCCCUCCCUCAUUUCCUUUUCUCAUCACUUCCCUUUUAAUUUUCAUGUGCUAUGUUCUUUUCCUCCUCCUCCUCCUCCUCCUCCUCCUACUACUACUACUACUACUACUACUACUACUCCUACUCCUCCUGCUCCUCAACGAUGCAAUCAACAACAACAACAAUAACAACAAAAUAGCACCAACAGCUGUUACUAUUUUUUGGGUCCAUGAUGUGGCAAGAGUGGCGAGUAGAAGAAGUAGUAGUAGCGGUAGUAGUAGUUGUUGUAGCAGUUGUAGUUGGUGUAGUAGUUGUUAUUGUUGUUGUUAUUGUUGUUUACUACUAUACGUAAAAUUCAACCGGUGUGAAGCGCAGUGAGUGACGAAGGUGUGAGAGAAAGAAAAGGAGAAAAAAGUAGAGAAAGGAAAUGAAAGAAAACGAAGAGAAAAAACGAAGGAAAAGAAGACCAGGUGAACACUAGAGGCAAUUGUUGGUCUCGAUGUCAGUUUAUUGUUAUUGUUAAUGUUUUUCUCCUACUUUUUUUUUGUAAUUUUUCGUCCUCUUCCCGCCCGACUUGAUAUUGUGUUGGAGUUUGUUGCGGUAAGUCAGGCACCUCCUCCUCCUCCUCCUCCUCCUCCUCCUCCUCUCGUCCUCUUUGUCCUCUCCCCAGUCUUCAUCCAGGGUUAUUGAGAGGAGAAAAUGGAAUAUGAGGAAGAGGAGGAAGAAGAGAAGGAAGAGGACUAAAAUGAUAGACAUGGUUGGUUCAAUUUUAGGAACAUCAGUUGUGUGUUAUAUCCACCACCACUACCACCACCACCACCACCACCACCGUCCCUGUGACUUGUAGAAUCUCCACCAUCACCACCAUCAUCAUCACGGCCCUCCAUCUCCACUCCCUCCCUCCCUCCCUCCCUCCUUUAACCAAUCCUCUUUCUCCCUCCGCCAGUGUCUCCCAACUUCUCCCUUUUUUACCUUCACUGUCCUCCCUCUCUUCUCUUCUCCCUCUUCCUGCCUCUCCUGUCUCCCUUUUCAUCCUCCCAUUUUUUUCUUUGUUUAUUGUUUCGCCUCUGUCUCCCUUUCUUCCCUUUCUCUUCCUCUCCAUUCCAUUUCUUCCUUCCUCAACAACCCCAUCCUUUCUCUCCCAUUGUCUCUCUCUCUUGCGUUCCAUUCCUUUAUACCUCACCCAUUCCUCCCCAUUCCCCCUUUCUCUUCCCCUCCAUUCCAUUCCUUCCUUUCUUAUCAUCGCCUUCCCAUUCUCCUCCCAUACCUUCCCUUCCUUGCUCUCCAUUCCUCACCUUUCCGCCUCACCCGUUCACCCUCCCCCCUCCCAACGAGCCGGGCGGAGCAGCCAUGAACGGAAGCCAGAAUGCAAACAUCGUAUGGGUGGGUGGCUUGGCACUGUCUGCUCCCCUCCGCAUACACGCCGCGGGGUUUUUGUGUGGCUCGUGUAAACUGCCGUGUUGACCAACGUACACCUUCACGCCACUGUAACAGGGGCUCGCGGGCUGCCUACCAUACCUACCUACCUGCCUACCUACCUGGCUACCUCGAGGCUGCUACGUGGCGCGAUACCAGGAUGGCUUGUAGAUUGGACGGAUGACGAGAUGGCUGACUUACUGGUUGACUGUCUAAAUGACCGAUUGACUGACUGGUGGAUGGCUGACAAGGUGGGUGGCUAGCUAGACUGACCAGGCUGACUGACUUGGUGGUUGAUUGACUGGAUGACUGGAUUGAGGACUAGGUGGAUGGGUGACUGAUUGACUGGUUGACUUACUGAGUGACUUGGCUGACUUGUUGGAUGGGUGGCUGACUGGCUGGAUUACUGACUGGCUGACUGACUUGGUGGAUGACUGACUGACUGACUGAUUGAUAGCUGACUAGGUGGAUUACUGACGAUAUAGCUGGCUGGCUGACUGGCUGGUUCGUUUACCGGCUACCUGUUUCGAUACUUGGCUGGCUUUCUGGCUGGCAACAUGUCUAUACCUUGCUAUCUAGUUGGCUGCCUGGCUCUUAGUACUUGGCUAUGUGAGUGAUUUUUUAGCUUCAGUGCUACACUUUUCCUUAAUUUCCUUUCCUUUAUAGCAUCAAAAUAGUCAUCUUUUUUUUUUAUACGCGUCAUUUUGUGUGUGUUUUAUUUUAAUGUUCGUUUUCUAUUCCUUCUGUUUUUUUCUACUUAAUAUCUGUUUCUUCCCAUAUUAUUUUUUUCUUUUUCAUUCAAGGCUUUUCCUCUUUCUCCUCUUUGUCCUCCUUUUCCUCGUCCUCCUUACCCUCCUCCUCCUCCAUCGUGGCCUCCUUUCCUACCUCCAUUUGUGUUCCUUCCUUUCCUCCACCACCACCACCACCACAAGGCCCACACUCUCUCCUCAUGAAUCUCCCUUCCUCCCCCCUCCCUCCCUCCUUCCCUCCAGCCAAGAGAUGCAUAUGGGAGGGACAGAAUCUUGUCUCUCCCUCUCUCCCUUUCCUCCUUUUCCAUUCAGUCGGGAGAUACAUAUGGAAGGGACUGACUCUAUCUCUCUCUGUCUAUCUUCUUUUUCUUCUUUUUUUCUUCAUCAUCUUCCUUUUCUUCUCUUCCUCCUCCUCCUUCCCAUCCGGCCAAGAAUUGCAUGGGGAGGGGGAGAGGGCAUGGAAGAAACUGACUGAAUCUUCUCUCUUCCUCCCUCCCUCUCCCUUCCCUCCCCUCCCCCUCGCCCCCCAAAGACCAGUUCUCAACCCGCAUCAUAAAUCGCGCCCUGAACACCCGGGUCUCGGACAAUUAUACCGCCACGCAGGUGAUAAUUGAUUGCCGUUUACCUGCCAGGAGAGGUGCAGCCCGGGAGGUGUGUUGGGCAGCUUCUUCCUCCUCCUGCCCCGUCCUGCCGCUGCCCCAACUCUGCCUCCCUCCCUUCCUCCGUGCUUUCCUCUCUCACUGCCUGCCUUCCCUUCCUUCCUUUCUCUCCUUUAUUUUUCCUCGCCAGCCUUCGUUUUUCUCCUCGUCGUCCCUGUCCGUUUUCCUCUGCCUUCUCGUCCCUCCUUCCCCUCUAUUCCUACUUUUUUUUUUCCUUUCUUCUCUUCGGCAGGCUCCGUUUUCCUCGCCACUGCCUGUUUUCCUCCCUUCCUUCCUUUCUUUAUUUUUUUUAGCAGUCUCCGUCCUCAGGUUGCACUCCCUCACAACGCCUCCGCCUCCUCGGCCUCCUCCCCUCCUCCCUCCCUUCCUCCAUGCCACCUUGACUCCCUUCCUCCCCCCCCCCCCCUCCCCUUUUUCUUGUGUUUGUUUUUUGUAAUCCUGUUUGUGAGUUGUUUCUUGUUUUUUUUUUUCCUUUUUCAUUCGUUCGUUUGUUUGUUCGUUCCUUCCUUUCUUUUUUCCGUUUCCUUCUUUUCCUCCUCCUGUUCUACUUUCCUUUUCAUCCUCUUUUUUUAUGUCUUCCUUCUCCGCCUCUUCCUGCUUCUCUACUCCUCUUGCUAUUUCUCCUCCUACUCGUCUUCCUCCUCCUCCUCCUCCUCCUCCUCCUCCUCCUCCUCCUCCUCCUCCUUGAGCUGUGCGUCUGUUUUUCUUUCCAAGUCUUGCACAAAAUUUUGAGUUACAUUUCAGCUCAUUCCUCUCUCUCUCUCUCUCUCUCUCUCUCUCUCUCUCUCUCUCUCUCUCUCUCUCUCUCUCUCUCUCUCUCUCUCUCUCUCUCUCUCUCUCUCUCUCUCUCUCUCUCUCUCUCUCUCGUGUAGCCUGAAAUGGAUCGCCUCUUCCAUUGUUCUUCUGUUCGUCUUUUUUUCGCAUUCCUCUUUUCAUUCUCGUCCGCGUCGCGUCGCAUUCCAUUACGGUUCG